AUGCCGAGGGACAUGAUCUGCGCCCUGACGUCCUUCCCGCUCAAAGAAGGAUUGAUGAAGGCCGCGCGCUCCCGUCCUGAUCUUCGAUACAUGGAUGCCCCGGUGGCCUUGUAUCACGACCUGUCGCAGACAACUCUAGACACCCGGCGGGCCCUGCGGCCGCUUACCCGCCUGCUUCAGGAAAGAAGAAUCCCGUAUAAGUGGGGUUUCCCCUUUAGCCUGCAGGCCCGGGUGGGCAAUAUGUGGCAUGUGCUUCAGUGGCCCAACGAUGUCCCCCGGUUCCUCAGAAAUGCGGGCCUUCCCCAUAUCUCUGUCCCGAAUUGGAUCUUGGGGGAGCCCCCGGCUAGGGCAUCGGGCCCCGACGAGGCUGCACACAACCUUCAUCCGGAUCCUGAGAUGCCACGACGCAGAGGAGGGCCGAAUGGCCCAGAAGAGUAG